UCCCAGCUCCCAUUGUCUAGGGCAUUUGUUGUACAAACUGGUCAGUGGACGCUACGUCCCCUUAUAACGAGAAGAAGAGCAGAAGCUGAAACGAGACAGAGUAGUAGCAUGAAUAUUCCUGCAAGAAUUGCAGAAAAACUUCCGCUUCUUUCUGCUCGUCCCUCUCUCCAAGGUGCUCUUUAAAUACAAUUUUUACUAUGAUAAUUUAGGUUUUCCGAACAUUGGGUUUGUGCCAUUUUUGAACCAGAAAAGGAAAUUUGGAGUUGGGUUUCCAAAGAAAAUGGUUUGGAGUUUGGAUAAUUGCGAUGUCGACGUUGAGAACAAGUUAGGGGUGGUUCGGCCUGCCACCGAACUGUAUUCUGAGGAGGCAGUUGAAGCCCUCAAAACUGGAAAAGUUAUUGCAGUGCCCACGGAUACACUCUAUGGAUUUGCCUGUGACGCCUGCUCUUUGGAAGCAAUUAAUAGGAUUUACGAGAUCAAAGGACGUAAACAUACAAGCCCUCUAGCAAUUUGUGUUGGGGAUGCAUCAGACAUAAAGCAAUUUGCAGUCACUGACCACCUGCCUCAUGGCUUACUUGAUUCUCUACUCCCAGGACCUGUUACUGUUGUAUUAAGGAGAGGGGAGUCGAGUGCACUUGAGAAGUCCUUGAAUCCUGGUUUGGACAGUGUGGGAGUCCGUGUGCCUGAUUGUAACUUCAUCAGGGUAAUCGCACAUGGUUUGGGAAGAGCAGUGGCUCUCACAAGUGCAAACCUUAGUGGACAGCCAAGUAGCGUCUGCAUCAAGGAUUUUGAGGCACUGUGGGAACAUUGUGCAUAUGUCUACGAUGGCGGUGUGCUUCCAUCUGGUCGUGCUGGAUCAACAGUUGUGGAUCUUAGCAGGCUAGGAAAGUACAAGAUUCUUAGACCUGGAAGUGCAAAGGAAGAGACUGUGACAAUCCUUGAAAAGCAUUCUCUAGUUGAGGAAGUGACCACUAAUUGAAGAAAUGUUGGAGUGAAAGUUCUAUAAUAUUUUACUGAUUUGCUGCACGAGUGAUUGCUUGUGCAUGGCGAAAACUCUCAACUGUGCAUCAAUUAUAAUUUAUUUGACUUGGAUAUAAGCUUAAGUUCUCGUGAUGUGCCAGAGAUUUUGAUAUUGUUAGUAGAUAAUUCUUGUAGAAGACACUUGACAAAAAUGAAAUUGUUAUAACAUAUAUAUUAUAAUUAAUUAAUUAAUUAUAUAAACGAGUUUGGGAACAA